AAUUUUUUGAAGUGUCAUCUUGUUUGGAUUUGAUUUUUAGUAAUUUUAAUAUAACAUAGCAGAUAAACAGAAAUAAAUAAUUUAAAAUGCCGAGUACAGAGGUAACAACGACUAAGGUAAUAGUGCACCCGCUGGUGCUCCUCAGCGUAGUGGACCAUUUCAAUCGAAUGGGGAAAAUCGGCAAUCAAAAGCGCGUUGUCGGUGUUCUACUCGGUUGCUGGAGGGCUAAAGGAGUCUUGGAUGUGUCCAACAGUUUUGCAGUCCCUUUUGAUGAGGACGACAAAGAUAAAUCUGUAUGGUUCUUGGACCACGACUACUUGGAAAACAUGUACGGCAUGUUUAAGAAAGUCAACGCUAGAGAACGCGUCGUUGGUUGGUACCACACUGGUCCUAAAUUGCACCAAAAUGACAUCGCUAUUAACGAAUUAAUUCGAAGAUACUGCCCCAAUUCCGUGCUGGUGAUUAUCGAUGCGAAACCUAAAGAUCUGGGGCUUCCUACUGAAGCGUACCAAGCGGUCGAAGAAGUCCACGAUGAUGGCUCCCCUACGUCCAAAACAUUUGAACACGUCCCGAGCGAAAUAGGCGCAGAAGAAGCCGAGGAAGUCGGCGUAGAACAUUUAUUAAGAGAUAUCAAAGACACUACAGUGGGCACUUUAUCUCAGAGGAUCACCAAUCAGUUAUUAGGCCUGAAAGGGUUGCAUUUGCAAUUGAGAGACAUAAGAGACUAUUUGAUGCAAGUGGGCGAUACCAAACUGCCCAUUAAUCAUCAGAUCAUCUAUCAAUUGCAAGACAUUUUCAAUUUGUUGCCCGAUAUAAACCAAGAUGCAUUCAACAAUUCGUUUUAUGUUAAAAACAACGAUCAAAUGCUUGUAGUUUAUUUAGCAGCUCUCGUUCGAUCUAUCGUCGCAUUGCACAAUCUAAUCAACAACAAACUCACCAACAGAGACGCAGAAGAAGGCAAAAAGGAAGAGAAGAAGGACAAGGAUAAGGAUAGCAAAGACAAAGAUAAGGAAAAAACUGACAAAGAAAAGGAGGCGAAGAAGGACGAGAAGAAAAAAUAAGCAUUCAUUUUCUUUUUGUAACUAUUUUCGUAAGUUGUAAUUUAAAUAAACUUUCUUUUGUAUGUAUUCAAUUAUUAGUAAACAAUUCCUAUACAAAUCAUUACAAUACCUAUCAAAUACGAUUGCUUGAACGUGGACAAUUUUAUAAAUAAAAAAUUAUAUUGAAAAUGGAUGUAUUUUUAAAGUAGUAUAUAAGAAAUAUAAAUCAAAAACAAAUUUUUAUACUUAUAACAAUAUAAAAAAUGUACAAUUCAAAAAAUGCAUUAAAUAAGUGGUCGAUGGAAUGAUGAAUUAUCGGCGUUCAUCUACGAGCUGCUUCUGCUGUAUUUUCCCCAGAUGUGCAGCAUGAAGACGGAGGCAAUGAAGAGAAGCGACAUCACUAAAACUGGAACUGGACCU